AUGACGUUGGAGAGUUACGACGGCGAUGUUCACACCGUACCACAAUCGGAGAACUCACUCCCGACGGCGACCGAUAGCGAGAGAGAGAGAGGCGGGGAGCUAUUCGUGCCGCCUCUUAACUUCGCUAUGGUUGAUAAUGGAAUUUUCCGUUCAGGUUUCCCUGAACCAGUUAGUUUCAGCUUCCUACAGUCUCUGCGACUCCGAUCCAUCAUAUAUUUGUGCCCUGAGCCAUAUCCAGAGGUGAUUAGAGAAUUUGCGAAAUCAAAUGGGAUUCAAGUGUUUCAAUUCGGAAUCGAGAGAUGCAAGGAACCCUUUGUUAAUAUCCCUGACGAGGUAAUCCGAGAAGCAUUACAAGUACUCCUAGAUACAGAGAAUCAUCCUGUCUUAAUCCAUUGCAAAAGUGGGAAGCAUCGGACUGGAUGUCUUGUAGGUUGUGUGAGGAAGAUACAGAGAUGGUGUUUGUCUUCCAUCUUCGAUGAGUACCAAAGAUUUGCAGCAUCGAAAGCUAGAAUCUCAGACCAGAGAUUCAUGGAGCUCUUUGACAUCUCCAAUCUAAGGCAUUCACCACUCUCCUUCUCAUGUUCCAAGAGGUACACUCACUGA